CUUCUUCAUAGUCUUGAUUGCGAUCAGUACUAAUUGUUCGUUUGGGAGGUUUGAUUCAAAUGAAAACUAAAGGUGUUGGUCUCUUAGCUAAAGGUGUUGCUUCCUGUCCCGGUCAGUCUGCUGCCUAUGGAAAAUGUAUUGCUAUCAAUUAUAAGGAUGCUCAUAAAGAUCUAUGUGCAAAAGAAUUUGAAGCAUUCAAACAAUGUGUCCAAAAAGUGGUUAAACGCAAGUGGUAAAACUUGAACAAAAUAAUAAUUUCUGACCUAGAAAUUGUGUUUCCUGUUUAUAUAUAUAUAUAUAUUCUCCUGAUUAGAUGUAACUUUUGUAGUAUAUUGUCUUGUAAUUGUAUACAGUUUCCUUUUUUUUUUUUUUUUGUAAUUGCCUG